AUGACGCUCCUGAACCUUAAAGCGCGCCUGGGAAUCCGUGACCACUGGGACAAGGCAGGCAGCCCCCUUCAGAAGUCUAUGGGAGGUCUUAGGGAGCUGCUGGGGUAUGAAAUUCUCGCCGAGCCAGAAUGGCGACUCCUGCUUGCUGAUAUGGGCGACAUCUACCCAGACGAACGCGGUUUUGUUGCCACUGUCUCUCAGGCAGUUGAAGUAUGGUGUAAGAGUAUGACCGAGCUCCUCGCGGAUGAAACCAAUGAGAAAUGGACGGAGACCCUUCUCACGUAUCUCCAGCCGUUGUCACAUUUGCGACUCUUGAUCGAGGUUGCCAACUCGUCUUAUCCGUCCACGUCUUGGUCGAAGGAACGGUCGGCAUUUGUGGUCAACCUCCCCAGGCGGCAGGUCAUGCUUCCGACCAGAUACUUCCCCACGUUUAUGGAUGAGCUGCUCGGAUGCUUCGAGGAGCCAGAGAAACCUGCCCUGCCCCUUCCAGAGAGGGCGGCCGCUCCUGUUGUGGUUGAUGAUGGGGCCAAUCCCAAAGCAGAUACGGCUAUAGGAAAACUGGACGUAGUCCAGAAUCUACGAACUGCGCCAUCUGCGUUUAACUGCUCGUAUGAGGUGGAAUACUUCCCCGACAUACAGAAACUUGAGCGGCCUGACCAGCUCUUUUUACACCCCCUUUCUUCCUCCAAGUGCAUGAUUUGGCGGGAAAUAGGAUUGAAGUGA